ACUAUAUUAUCAAAUAAAUAUCUACAGCUUUAAACUAUGAUAUAAAGACUCAGAAUGGCUGCAACAUCAAGGGGCUUUGUAGAGCUAUCGGAGGAAAAGCUGACAGAAAAAGCCAGGAAGUGGCAGCAACUACAAAGCAAGAAGUAUGCAGAGAAGCGAAAGUUUGGGUUUGUUGAAGCUCAAAAGGAGGACAUGCCUCCAGAGCAUGUUCGUAAGAUAAUUAGAGAUCAUGGUGACAUGACCAGCAGAAAGUUCAGACAUGACAAGCGAGUUUAUCUUGGUGCCUUAAAAUACAUGCCUCAUGCUGUCUACAAACUGCUAGAAAACAUGCCCAUGCCCUGGGAGCAGAUCCGUGAUGUGAACGUUUUGUACCACAUAACUGGAGCCAUUACCUUUGUCAAUGAGAUCCCAUGGGUAGUAGAACCUCAGUACAUCUCACAGUGGGGAACUAUGUGGAUCAUGAUGAGGCGAGAGAAAAGAGACAGGCGCCACUUUAAGAGGAUGAGAUUCCCUCCCUUUGAUGACGAGGAACCUCCUCUAGAUUAUGCUGACAAUGUGUUGGAUGUUGAACCUCUGGAGGCUAUCCAGAUGGAGCUUGAGAGAGAAGAAGAUGGAGAGGUUGUUGACUGGUUUUAUGAGAAUAAAGGGCUUAUUGAAACUGACUACAUCAAUGGUUCAACUUACAAGAAAUGGUAUUUCGCUCUGCCCAUCAUGUCAACAUUAUACCGCCUUGCUAACCAACUCAUUACUGACUUGUUGGAUGAAAACUUCUUCUAUCUGUUUGACAUAAAAUCCUUCUUCACUGCUAAGGCCCUCAACUUGGCUAUCCCUGGAGGUCCUAAAUUUGAGCCACUGGUUCGUGAUAUCAGUCAGGCAGAGGAGGAUUGGAACGAGUUCAAUGAUAUCAACAAGAUCAUCAUCAGACAUCAGAUCAGAACAGAGUACAGGAUAGCAUUCCCUUACUUGUACAACAGCAGACCUUACAAGGUCCAUCUAUCGUGGUACCACUACCCCUCUGUAGUUUACAUAAAAACAGAGGACCCAGAUCUUCCUGCAUUCUACUUUGACCCUCUGAUAAAUCCCAUCGCCCCUAAACACGGGACACUGAGAACAGUGGAGCCGCUACCCAAUGAUCCAGGAGAAGGUGACGAAGAGGAGGGGGAGGAGGAAGAGGAGUUCGUUCUUCCAGCCUAUGUAGCUCCUUUCUUAGAGGAUACCCCUCUGUACACAGAUAACACAGCUAAUGGUAUUGCCCUACUGUGGGCACCUCACCCUUUCAACUCAAGGAGUGGGCUCACUCGCCGAGCUAUUGAUGUGCCUCUAGUUAAGAGCUGGUACAGAGAGCACUGCCCUGCAGGACAACCUGUAAAAGUGCGUGUCAGUUACCAGAAACUACUGAAGUGUUACGUUCUAAACGCUCUCAAACAUCGACCUCCCAAGAACAUGAAGAAGAGAUAUCUCUUCAAAUCUUUCAAAGCAACUAAGUUCUUCCAGUGUACCCAACUUGAUUGGGUAGAGGCCGGCUUACAGGUGUGCAGACAAGGUUACAACAUGUUAAACCUACUCAUACACAGAAAGAACCUCAACUACCUUCACUUGGAUUACAACUUCAAUCUGAAGCCCGUGAAGACGCUCACCACCAAAGAGAGAAAGAAGAGUAGGUUCGGUAACGCCUUCCAUCUGUGUCGUGAGAUCCUCAGGAUGACUAAACUUGUGGUUGACUCCCAUGUCCAGUAUCGGCUUGGAAAUGUGGACGCUUAUCAGCUUGCAGACGGAAUCCAGUACGUAUUUGCUCACAUCGGUCAGCUAACUGGAAUGUACCGGUACAAGUACAAACUCAUGAGACAGAUAAGAAUGUGCAAAGAUCUCAAGCAUCUCAUCUACUACAGAUUCAAUACGGGUCCAGUUGGAAAGGGUCCAGGAUGUGGAAUCUGGGCUCCAGGCUGGAGAGUAUGGCUCUUCUUCCUGCGUGGUAUUGUCCCACUGUUGGAACGAUGGCUCGGUAACUUGCUGGCUCGACAGUUCGAGGGACGACACAGCAAGGGGGUCGCUAAAACAGUCACUAAACAGAGAGUUGAGAGUCACUACGAUCUGGAACUCAGAGCUGCUGUAAUGCACGACAUAGUGGAUAUGAUGCCAGAAGGAGUAAGACAGAACAAAGCCAGGACAAUCCUACAACAUCUUAGUGAGGCGUGGAGAUGCUGGAAAGCUAAUAUCCCCUGGAAAGUUCCAGGUCUCCCCUCCCCAAUAGAGAACAUGAUCCUCAGAUACGUGAAGUCUAAAGCGGAUUGGUGGACCAACACAGCUCAUUACAACAGAGAGCGUAUCAAGCGAGGUGCUACAGUUGACAAGACAGUAUGUAAGAAGAACCUGGGUAGGCUUACUCGGUUGUACCUGAAGGCUGAGCAAGAAAGACAGCACAACUACUUGAAGGAUGGACCGUACAUUUCAGCGGAGGAAGCUGUCGCUAUCUACACCACCACAGUUCAUUGGCUGGAGAGCAGGAGAUUCUCGCCCAUCCCCUUCCCUCCACUCUCUUACAAACACGACACUAAACUACUGAUCCUGGCUCUGGAGCGCCUCAAGGAAGCUUACAGCGUUAAGGCCCGACUCAACCAAUCACAGAGAGAAGAGCUUGGUUUGAUCGAACAAGCUUACGAUAAUCCUCACGAGGCCCUGUCCAGGAUUAAACGUCAUCUUCUCACUCAGAGACAUUUCAAAGAGGUUGGAAUUGAGUUUAUGGAUCUGUACUCGCACUUAGUGCCGGUAUACGACGUGGAACCGUUAGAGAAGAUCACUGACGCGUAUCUAGAUCAGUAUCUCUGGUAUGAGGCUGAUAAGAGACGUCUCUUCCCUCAGUGGAUCAAGCCAGCCGAUACUGAACCGCCCCCACUCCUGGUGUACAAGUGGUGUCAAGGUAUCAACAACCUGCAAGACGUGUGGGAGACCGGUGAGGGAGAAUGUAAUGUCAUGCUGGAAACUCAGUUCGAGAAACUCUACGAGAAGAUUGAUUUGACUUUGUUGAACAGACUUUUAAGACUGAUCGUUGAUCAUAAUAUUGCUGAUUACAUGACUGCCAAGAACAACGUUAUCAUCAACUACAAGGACAUGAACCACAACAACUCCUACGGUACGAUCAGAGGGCUACAGUUCGCUAGUUUCAUUGUCCAGUACUAUGGUCUGGUUAUGGACCUCUUACUGCUGGGUCUACAUCGUGCUACCCACAUGGCCGGACCUCCUCAUAUGCCUAACGAUUUCCUUACUUUUACUGAUGUCGCUACAGAGAUAUCCCACCCGAUCAGAUUGUACAGCAGAUAUGUGGACAGAGUUCAUAUCUUCUUCAGGUUCACAGCAGAAGAAACAAGGGAUCUGAUACAACGCUUCCUAACCGAGCACCCAGACCCCAACAAUGAAAAUAUUGUAGGCUACAACAACAAGAAGUGUUGGCCACGCGACGCGCGCAUGCGCCUCAUGAAGCACGACGUGAACCUGGGACGUGCAGUGUUCUGGGACAUCAAGAACAGACUGCCCCGCUCUGUUACCACUGUAAACUGGACUGGCUCCUUCGUAUCAGUGUACAGCAAGGAUAACCCUAACCUGCUGUUCAGUAUGUCAGGAUUUGAGUGUAGGAUUCUCCCCAAAUGUCGUGUGACUCACGAUGAGAUAACCAACAGAGACGGAGUUUGGAACUUACAGAAUGAAGUGACUAAGGAGAGAACUGCUCAGUGUUUUUUGAGAGUAGACACGGAGUCCAUGACUAAGUUCCACAACAGGAUCAGGCAAAUUCUGAUGGCAUCUGGUUCUACAACAUUCACGAAGAUCGUCAACAAAUGGAACACAGCACUUAUCGGCCUCAUGACUUAUUUCAGAGAAUCAGUUGUAAACACUCAAGAACUUCUAGACUUGCUAGUAAAGUGUGAGAACAAGAUUCAAACCAGGAUUAAGAUCGGACUGAACUCUAAAAUGCCCAGUCGAUUCCCCCCAGUAGUUUUCUACACACCCAAAGAACUGGGCGGUUUGGGAAUGUUGAGUAUGGGUCACGUCCUUAUUCCUCAGUCUGAUUUGAGGUGGUCAAAACAAACAGAUGUGGGAAUUACACAUUUCAGAUCUGGUAUGAGCCAUGACGAAGAUCAGCUUAUUCCUAACUUGUACAGGUACAUCCAGCCGUGGGAAACAGAGUUCAUUGAUUCCCAGCGAGUUUGGGCAGAGUACGCUCUAAAGAGACAAGAAGCGACAGCACAGAACAGAAGACUAACUCUUGAAGAUCUGGAAGAUUCGUGGGACCGUGGUAUACCAAGAAUAAACACGCUCUUCCAAAAAGACAGACACACUCUAGCAUAUGACAAGGGCUGGAGAGUGAGGACUGAUUUCAAACAGUACCAGGUGCUGAAACAGAACCCUUUCUGGUGGACACAUCAGCGUCACGAUGGUAAGCUGUGGAACUUGAACAACUACAGAACUGAUAUGAUACAGGCGCUGGGUGGCGUGGAAGGUAUUCUGGAACACACGCUUUUCAAGGGCACAUACUUCCCUACCUGGGAGGGCCUGUUCUGGGAGAAAGCGUCCGGAUUCGAAGAGAGUAUGAAGUACAAGAAGCUGACUAACGCUCAGAGAUCAGGUCUUAACCAGAUCCCCAACAGAAGGUUCACCCUGUGGUGGUCUCCCACUAUUAAUCGUGCUAACGUUUACGUCGGUUUCCAAGUGCAGCUGGAUCUGACUGGUAUUUUCAUGCACGGCAAGAUCCCUACCCUCAAGAUCUCCCUCAUCCAGAUCUUUAGAGCUCAUCUGUGGCAGAAGAUUCACGAGUCAGUUGUCAUGGAUCUCUGUCAGGUGUUUGAUCAAGAGUUAGACGCGCUGGAGAUAGAAACAGUGCAGAAAGAGACCAUCCAUCCUCGUAAGAGUUAUAAGAUGAACAGCUCAUGUGCGGAUAUCCUGAUGUUUGCGAGCUACAAAUGGCCUAUCAGCAAACCAUCCCUCCUGGCUGACACUAAGGAUGUUAUGGACAAUGCAACUACUCAGAAAUAUUGGGUCGACGUUCAGCUCAGGUGGGGAGACUACGACUCCCAUGAUGUAGAGCGGUACACUCGUGCUAAGUUCCUGGACUACACUACUGACAAUAUGAGUAUCUACCCCUCUCCCACCGGCCUUCUCAUCGGCAUGGACCUGGCUUAUAACCUGUUCAGUGCCUUCGGUAACUGGUUCCCUGGCAUCAAGCCUCUCAUUCAGCAGGCUAUGACCAAGAUCAUGAAGGCAAACCCUGCGUUGUAUGUGCUGAGAGAGAGGGUGAGGAAGGGACUGCAGCUAUACUCUAGUGAGCCUACCGAGCCUUACCUGUCCUCUCAAAACUACGGAGAGCUAUUCAGUAACCAGAUCAUCUGGUUUGUAGACGACACCAACGUCUACCGAGUAACCAUCCACAAAACAUUCGAGGGUAACCUGACCACCAAACCCAUUAACGGUGCCAUCUUCAUCUUCAACCCUCGAACUGGUCAACUCUUCCUCAAGAUUAUCCAUACCAUCGUGUGGGCCGGACAGAAACGUCUGGGACAGCUGGCUAAGUGGAAGACAGCUGAGGAGGUGGCGGCUUUGAUCAGGUCCCUGCCCGUAGAGGAACAGCCCAAACAGAUCAUUGUUACCAGGAAGGGCAUGUUGGAUCCUCUCGAGGUCCAUCUCUUGGAUUUCCCGAAUAUUGUGAUCAAGGGCAGUGAGUUGCAGUUACCGUUCCAGGCAUGUCUCAAGGUGGAGAAGUUUGGAGAUCUCAUUCUCAAGGCUACUGAACCUCAGAUGGUGCUUUUCAAUUUGUAUGAUGACUGGUUGAAAACUAUCUCAUCUUACACCGCCUUCUCAAGGCUCAUUCUGAUACUUCGAGCACUACACGUGAACAACGACCGAACAAAGAUCCUGCUCAAGCCGGACAAGACUACAAUCACAGAGGCCCAUCACAUCUGGCCUUCCCUCAAUGAUGAGGAAUGGAUUAAGGUUGAGGUGUCCCUCAAGGACCUGAUCCUCGCUGAUUACGGAAAGAAGAACAACGUUAACGUAGCUAGUCUGACUCAAUCAGAGGUGCGUGAUAUAAUCCUUGGUAUGGAGAUCAGUGCACCGUCUCAACAGAGACAGCAGAUAGCAGAGAUCGAGAAGCAGACCAAGGAACAGAGUCAGCUGACUGCUACCACCACUAAAACCACUAAUAUCCACGGGGACGAGAUCAUCGUCACUACCACUAGUAACUACGAGCGUCAAACGUUCUCUUCGAAGACAGAAUGGAGAGUCCGAGCCAUCUCAGCCACAAACCUUCACCUCCGAACAAACCAUAUCUACGUCUCCUCUGAUGAUAUCAAGGAAACGGGAUACACUUACAUCCUGCCGAAGAAUAUCCUGAAACGCUUCAUCACCAUCUCUGAUCUUAGGACUCAGAUAAGUGGAUAUUUGUAUGGAGUAUCUCCGCCCGACAACCCCCAAGUAAAAGAGAUCAGAUGUGUGGUCCUGGUCCCACAAUGGGGCACCCACCAGAACGUCCACCUGCCCCACAUGCUGCCCAACCACGACUACCUGAAGGAGAUGGAACCACUAGGAUGGGUACACACGCAGCCUAACGAGCUGCCCCAGCUAGCUCCACAAGAUGUGACCAUGCAUGCUAAGAUUAUGGGAGAGAACAUGAGUUGGGACGGUGAGAAGACCAUCAUCAUCACUUGCAGUUUCACACCGGGUUCCUGCUCCCUGACCGCCUACAAGUUGACGCCGACAGGAUACGACUGGGGUCGCCAGAACAAAGAUACCUCUAACAACCCUCAUGGUUACCUACCUUCCCACUACGAGAAAGUUCAGAUGUUGCUAUCUGAUCGCUUCCUUGGCUUCUUCAUGGUACCGGCAGAAAGUUCAUGGAACUACAACUUCAUGGGUGUUAGACACGCUAGUUCUAUGAAGUACGACCUGGAAUUAGCAACACCCAAAGAGUUCUACCACGAACUGCACAGGCCCGCUCACUUCCUCAACUUCUCCAGCAUGGAAACUGUUGACGCAGACUUUGAGGACAAAUUCGCUUAAUUUAUUAUAACAUGCAUUCGGUUAAUUAAGGUAUUGACUUUUGCACUUGCGAUCAGAAAUUGAUUGUCAGAUCAUUGCAUUUGAGGGGAUGAAUGCGUCGCUAAAUGUUGAUUAUUUUUAAACGGUGCUGCGCAUCUUGAUUCAAAAAAGAAACUGUGCUUCUCUAGCGAUACAAUAUAUGAAAAUGACCCGAAAUGACCGGCACUUUUGCCUCUCUCAGAACCACGAGCAUUUUAUGUUUUAAUACUACUUGUAUCUUUAUUCUUUAUUUUAUCUAACAAUUAGUUAA